UGCAUCGGCAAGAAGACAAGGAACCAGAAGGAACCUCGGCGCGAUGUCCGCUGCCUCUGCCGCUGUGUAGAGCAGGAAACCGGGGGAAGGAGCCUUCAGACUCACCGAGCUCAGCAUGACGGAUCUGCUCCUCUCUGACAGACUGCUGAUGCUCUCCUCUACUGAGCUCUGACAGGACUGAGGAGCUCUUCCCAUUUGAGAUCAGCUGUCUCCAUUUCAGCACUGUCUUUCUACCCCCAUCCAAUGGAAUCAGACAUCAUUACUUAAUCAUUAGUAUUCUGGCAGCUGAGUGGCUUUUCAGCUCUAAUAAACUGCUCUAAGUCCUUCUCUGUCUGGGGAUAGAAGACCAGAAGAAAGACAAAAAACUGUAACUUACACUUGUUGGAGUAAAAGCUCAUUAGAGUUGAAUUAAGAGAUUUUAGUGCCAACUAUCCCCGUGCCAAGAUGGAUGAAACGCACAACAACAGGACUUCCUUGGUCAAAGGUGCCAAGGACAUCGCUAAAGAAACCAAGAGGCAUGCUGCCAAAAACCUCAGCAAAGCUGUCGAUCGUGCCUCAGAUGAAUAUUCAGCUCAACGCAGCUACAAUCGUUUCCAGAACGAGGAUGAAGAAGAGAACAACUACAAUACUUACACUCAGCAAGAUGGUCAAUAUGCUGACAAUGCAGCCAAUGAUGAGGAUGGAGCCUCUAGUGACGCCACGGAGGGCCACGACGAUGAAGAUGAGAUCUAUGAGGGGGAAUACCAAGGUGUGCCUGCCUACAAUGAUGGCAAGCUGCGGGAGGGUCAGGUGGCUCUCGGCCAGCCAGUUUCCGACAGCCAAAAGAGCACUAAGGAGCUGGAAAACGAGAGACAGGCAGAUGAGGAGGAGCUGGCCCAGCAGUACGAGCUAAUCAUGCAGGAGUGUGGCCAUGGGAGAUUCCAGUGGCAGCUGUUCUUCGUACUCGGGCUGGCGCUCAUGUCAGACGGCGUGGAAGUGUUCGUUGUGGGCUUCGUCCUGCCUAGUGCUGAGACAGACAUGUGUGUCCCCAACUCUGGUGCCGGAUGGCUUGGUAGCAUUGUGUACCUGGGGAUGAUGUUUGGAGCCUUUUUUUGGGGCGGCCUGUCGGACAAGUUGGGCCGUAAACAGUGCCUGCUGAUAUCCCUGUCCGUCAACGGCUUCUUCGCCUUCCUCUCGUCCUUCGUUCAAGGCUACAGCAUGUUCCUCCUCUGCCGCAUGGUCUCUGGCUUUGGGAUCGGGGGAGCUGUUCCAAUAGUAUUCUCUUACUUUGCGGAGGUGUUGGCUCGGGAGAAGAGAGGAGAGCAUCUGAGCUGGCUCUGCAUGUUCUGGAUGAUCGGAGGGAUUUAUGCCUCAGCCAUGGCCUGGGCCAUCAUCCCACACUAUGGCUGGAGCUUCAGCAUGGGUUCAGCCUACCAGUUCCACAGCUGGAGAGUGUUUGUGGUGGUGUGCGCGCUGCCGUGUGUCUCUGCAGUGGUCGCUCUCACUUUUAUGCCUGAGAGCCCCCGCUUCUACCUGGAGAUGGGUAAACACGACGAGGCCUGGAUGGUGCUCAAACAGAUCCAUGACACCAACAUGCGCGCCCGAGGAGAACCGGAGAGAGUCUUCACUGUGAACAGGAUAAAAAUCCCCAAACAGUUGGACGAGCUGGUGGAGAUGCAGAAUGAGUCAGCCAACCCUGUGCUCAAGGUCCUCUUCAAGAUCAAGACUGAGCUCAGAGGGAUCUGGUUGACUUUUAUGAGAUGCUUCAACUACCCAGUGAGAGACAACACCAUCAAACUGGCUGCAGUUUGGUUUACUCUGUCUUUUGGGUACUACGGGCUGUCUGUGUGGUUCCCGGAUGUCAUCAAGCACCUUCAGGCUGAUGAGUACGCCUCCAGAGUGAAGGUUCACAACAACGAACGCAUUGAAGACUUCACCUUCAACUUCACCCUGGAAAACCAGAUCCACAGGAACUCUGUCUUUCUAAACGACAGGUUUAUCGGUAUGAAGUUCAAGGCGGUCACAUUCAUCGACUCCUCUUUCCUCAACUGCUAUUUUGAAGAUGUCUCCUCUGUCGGAUCCUUCUUCAAGAACUGCACCUUUAUCGACUCGUUCUUUUACAACACGGAUAUUGACGAUGCCAAACUAACAAACUCACAGGUGAUCAACAGCUCCUUCCACCACAACAAGACAGGGUGUCAGAUGACAUUUGAGGAUGAUUACAGCGCCUACUGGGUCUACUUCGUCAACUUCCUGGGAACUCUGGCUGUGCUGCCCGGAAACAUCGUCUCUGCUCUCCUCAUGGAUAAAAUAGGGCGCCUCAGCAUGUUAGGAGGCUCCAUGGUGCUGUCAGGCAUCAGCUGCUUCUUCCUGUGGUUCGGAACCAGUGAGUCGAUGAUGAUCUUCAUGCUCUGUCUUUACAACGGCCUCAGCAUCUCUGCCUGGAACUCCCUGGAUGUGGUCACCGCCGAGCUGUACCCAACAGACAGGAGGGGCACAGGCUUUGGCUUCUGUAAUGCCAUGUGCAAGCUGGCAGCGGUGCUGGGCAACCUGAUCUUUGGCUCACUGGUUGGCAUCACCAAGGCGAUCCCCAUCCUGCUGGCAUCGUCCGUGUUGGUUGGCGGCGGCCUGGUGGGCCUGCGACUGCCAGACACACGCGCCAAUGUCCUCAUGUAAACCUCAACCCAGAACAAUAUGUUGUUUACCAGGUUUUUCACUCAGUGUACUGGAUAAUUUGUUUACGCUGUCCAGUAAAGUUUUAUUUGAAUUUCAGUAAAACAAGCGUAGCUGUGAUCAUCCUUGUAGUUAUUAUUUGACAAAUAAUGUUACUCUAUCUACAAUCCAAACAACAGGAUAGUGACUGUUAUUCUGCUAUUUCUGAGUGAAAUACCUGGUCAAUUGGGAUAAUCAGAUGCAGUUUAACUUUACCAAGAGCUGUGGAUAUGAAGAGAUUGAAGACACUAAUCAAAAAUCCGUGUGGUGUCAGAGGCUAGUUACCAAAGCCCUGUGAUUCUUCCAGGGAUUCUGGAUGAAAGAGUUAAUCUGAGGAAACAAACUACUUGAUAAUUAGUCAUUCUAAAACUCUGUAUAUCAGCAGCUCUGUAUCCACCAUUGGCUGUUUCUCACGUGCAACCAACAAACACAUGUGUCUAAGCGGCAAAGGGCUUGGACCUCCAACAACGUACCCUCUUUCAAAACCCACUUUACUCAGAUUAAAGGAAUAGUUUAACAUUUUGGGAAAUCUGUGUUUUGAAAAGUAGAGUAGCAUAAAGAGUGAAGCUAAAGGUAACAGCUAGCCUGGCUCUGUCUAAAGCUCAACAUUUAACACAUUCAUGGUAAAUGGUCUGUAUUUAUAUAGCACUUUUCUAGUCUUGAUGACCACUCAAAGCGCUUUAGGGCACGGCCACACAUAUGCGAAUUUCGUAGGUCAAAGUUCACCGAAGUUGAACUCCACGCAAAGCCAUGAUGCCAUUUGCCUCCCUGCUGGAAGCUGAUUUUUUUUUCCACGAAGGUUUGCAUCUCCUGCAUCCGCAUUUGUUUGACCAUAGGGUACAGUUUUCACCCAUAUUCACACACACACACACACACACACACACACACACACACACACACACACACACACACACACACACACACACACACACAGUGCAUCUCUACCUCACAUCAGUCACACACAGCACUGGCACAGCCAUCAUGGGGAAAUUUGGGGUUCAGUAUCUUGCCCAAGACACUUCGGCAUGCAGAAUGACAGAGACUGGGAUUCGAACCGCUGACUUUCUGGUUAGUGGACGACCCGCUCUACCUCCCACAGCUGCCCCAUAAUCCUUAAAUCCCAAAAGCAUUGUGUGGUUUUACUUAGUUAAAACGACGACACAAAAGUUUUUACACUUAGUGAGCUUCAGAGGUGCUGAUGGGUGGAUUUGGUUUUCUUUGGAAAGGUCCAGGCUACUUGUUUCCCUUUGCUCCCAGUCUUUAUGCUAAGCUAAGCUAACUGGCUCAUAUUUGACAAUGGUAUCAGUCUUCACUUCUAGCUCAGCAAGAAAGUGAAUAACUGUGUACAGUUCAACAAAAUGCUGAACAAUACCUUUAAGUACAAAUCAUUUUGUAGCGGCUGUUUAUUUGCAUAUUUAUUCCUGUAGUAUUUUACGUGUGUUUUUUAUUGCUUUACCAGCUGAAACUGUGAUCAGUGUUCCACCAACAGUUGAUGAUGCUCAAGCCUUUUGCCGCAAUGUGCAAGAAUGAAAAGGCCAUAGAAAAAAAAAUACAGUAACGAUGUAGUAAUUUAGUCGAAACCUUCUGCAGCUACAUUUCUAAAGUGAAAAGAAGUUUACAUUUUCUGCUUUUUACAGUAAGAGACUUUUGAGAUUGGAAACCUUUUGUCUGAAUGCUUCCUCUCUCCUUCUCUCGUGUCUGUGUUGUGUUCGUCUCGUGGCGCUGAGCUCACCAUGAAGGGCUUUGCUCUCCGUUGUAAUCUGAUCUGUCAAGAAGAAUUUAUACCGUAGGAAACCUCUGCUGUUAUAAGAACCUGCUCUUCUCCCAGUGUUUCCUUCCUCUUUAUGCGUCUCACGUCAUGGUUUCCUCAUUGUGUGUCUGGUCCUGUCUUCUUGUCCUCUCUCUUUACCUCCUCCUGCCUUGCUGCUGCGCUACUCCCUCCAAAACUCAAAGGCCUUUCUCAAAUGUCGUGCCUCUUCCUCUCUCCAUCGAGCUCGUCUCUCCUUCCAAACCUUGCUGGAAGCUUUGCUGCUCUGCCCUGCUUUUUCGGCCUCUCAUGUAUUGAUACUGCAGUUUGUGCGUGUGCGUGUGUGUGUGCGUGUGUGUAUGAGUGUGUUUUCAGAUGAACCCUUAAUUAGACGCAGUGAGCAUUGCAUAUGCUGAAAAAGGUCUUUUUUAAAUUUGUCGUGUUCUUUUCUUUACCAAAUAACUGAGUUUGUUAACAUAAUGAAGCGAAAUUAUAAGCCAUGCAUAAAGGGUCAGUUCACCCGAAUUGAAGAAAAUAAAUAAACGCACUACCUACGCAGGGUUUUGUGGCUUUGUGCUGAGAUUUUAGCCGAGUUCUGCUCUUAACAUUGAGAAAUGACGUAAAGAAGACGAAGGCCAAGUUCAGACCGACCUCUGUCCUGCAUAAAACACCGCAGCACUCUAUUUCACUUUAAUGGAUCAUUGUUGUACAGAAGGUGCCAAUGCAGAGCUUUCAGGUAAAUGCAAACACCAGUGGCCAUGACAACACACUGAUGUUUAGCAGGUAUAACAGAUUGAGACAGAUGUGAAUGUCAUUAACUUAAUAGUAGUGUUUCAUCAUAAAUCAAUGUAUAGUACAAAUUCAAAUUUUAACUUAAUAAUGCUGUUAAAUGAAAAAGAAAAGAUAUAUACAUAUAUAUUAUCACAGUUUAUCCUCUGGGGACCAAUAAUGUCUUUCAUGGCAAACCAGUUGUUGAGUUUUUUAGCCUGGAUCAGAGUGGUGGACUCAACAUCUAAGCCAUGCCACUAAUCCAGCUAAAAAUUCAAUAGCAAUGUGUCUUUAAAGGAAAAACUAUGCUUGUUACUCUGGAUAAUACACACAACUUUGUAAACAGCCGUUUUAAGGACUAUUUUGUUGGUUUAAAAAUGUUUCUGGAAAGACCUGUUGCUGUGAAAGUACAUUUUUCAAUAUUGUGAGCAUCCCACACAAAAGCCCAUUCAUGUACUGAUGUGCAGGUAGAAAUCCGCGAGAGGGAUAUCUGUUCACAUAGAAUGAAAUCUAUCUGCAUGGCUAGAUACCUCUAAGGUAAAUGAGAUAAUGAUUUUUUGUGAUUUGGGUGAACAGGCCCUUUAAAACCUCUUGUGAAUGGUACUCUAGCUGCUACAGUGUGAGUGCAUUAAUGUUCAAAUGCAUCAGAUCCUUUGUAAAAUAAAUUCCUGUAAUAUCUCUUCAAAGGAGUCAGUUAAUACAAGAGUGAAGUAAUGUUUCAUUCGGAUGGCUUUUAUGAUGAUGAGGAUUACUGUCAAUAUACUGUAUGUGGUGUUCUGUUGCUUAUAUCAUAUUUCUUACUAUGGAAAUCAAUUUACAUUUGACAUUUCAUUAGUUUCUGCCACUCAAUGGAGGAGUGAAUCUGGUUUCCUGAUGAAUAUGUCUGAUGCUUUAUCCGUCUGCUGGUCUGCACUGUGCCCUCCUCCGAACACCACCAGCUGUGCUGAACAAACUCACUAUACUUCACUGUUUCCACCAAGAAAUCCUGCAUGUUUGUUACUGAAGUCCCCCCUGUUGUGUGUGCUCUUUCUGUUUCGGUGUCUUCACUGUUCCUCCGUGGGAGGAAGCAGGCGUGCAAAUUCCCGGGGUCAAAGGUGAAUGUAUCAUUGGUGCGUGUUGUCAGAUUUGUUGUGGACAGGUGUUCAUUAUAAUCAAGUUGACUUCGAGGUCAUCGUGAAUGGGGUGUGCCGGUGGUGAGAUGUUGUAGCAGGGGUGGUCAAAUCUGUUUCCGGUUGGAUUAAUCAUUGUCACUGGAGCGGGAGUGGAAAUGCCGACACUAUUACUUUCAGAUUUGAAAACCUCUGCUGUCAAACAAUAUGUGGAGGAGUGUGUAAAAAAUAAUUACCUGUCCUUGAUAUGAUUUAUUUUGAUAAGAAAAGGUGCAAGAGAAUGCGAUGUAAAGGUGGAUUCCUCUGGUGUCUACAUAUUGAAUAAAGAGUUUCAUUUGAA